AUGGUUAAUAACAUUAGUGAAAAUGUUGAUCAAAGGCAUAAUACACUGAAGAAGAGGGGCUGUGGAUGCAGCAAAGAUGAUUUUUUGCCAGAGGAAUCGUUCACGAGCUGGGGAAGUUAUGCACAAGCAUUACGUGAAACAAAAACACGGCUUAAAGACCGCAUAUUGUCUCGAUCUUCGGACCAAUUAGAGCUCCAUGAAGUGCGUGAUCGUAGCCAGCAUCAGAUGAAGAAAUUGUUGAAUUGGUUUGAUUUGAUUUGGUUUGGUAUUGGUGCAGUAAUGGGUGCUGGAGUUUUUGUACUUACUGGUGAAGCUACUAAAAACAUUGCUGGCCCUGCUGUUUUACUGUCCUAUGUUAUAUCAGGCAUCUCUGCUCUGCUUUCUGUGUUGUGCUAUACUGAAUUCUCAGUUGAACUCCCUGUUGCUGGUGGUUCAUUUGCAUAUCUGAGAGUGGAACUUGGCGAUUUCAUCGCUUUCAUUGCUGCAGGGAACAUUCUGUUUGAGUACAUUGUGAGUGGUGCUAGUGUUGCGCGAUCUUGGACUUCCUAUUUUGCGACUUUAUGCAAUCACAAGCCUGAUGAUUUCCGUAUCAAUGUCUCGAGUCUUGCUGAGGGUUACAACCACUUAGAUCCUAUAGCAAUUGUUGUCUCAAUGGUCAUUUGUGUAGGUGCAUCCUUGAGCAUGAAAGGGUCCUCGCGUUUUAAUUCAUUUGUGACCAUAGUACAUAUAAUUGUCAUGGUUUUUAUACUUGUUGCUGGCCUAUCUAAGGCGAAUGUGGCUAAUUAUUCAAGCUUUGCACCUUAUGGUGCUCGUGGCGUCCUGAAAGCAGCAGCUAUGCUCUUCUUUGCUUAUGUUGGAUUUGAUGGUGUCGCAACUCUUGGGGAAGAGAUUAAGAAUCCAGGUAGGGAUAUCCCUCUGGGUCUAAUAGGUUCGAUGGUGGUUAUUAUCACAAUAUAUUGCCUCCUAGCCGCGACGUUGUGCCUAAUGCAACCUUUUAAUCAAGUAGAUGUUGAUGCCCCAUUUACCAUUGCCUUCCAAGCAGUAGGGAUGAAUUGGGCAAAGUACAUAGUUGCAUUUGGGGCUUUGAAGGGGAUGACAACAGUUUUGCUGGCCAACAUAAUUAGUCAAGCUAGGUAUUUUACACACAUUGCAAGAACCCAUAUGGCCCCUCCAUUUCUUGCUGCAAUUAGUGAAAAGACCGGGACACCUGUUACUGCUACAGUUAUAAUGACCGCGGCGAAUUGCAUUAUGGCCUUCUUCACAAGUCUUGACAUAUUGGCAAACCUUGUUUCAAUCGCCACAUUGUUUGUGUUCUCACUAGUUCCCCUAGCACUUCUAGUGAGACGUUACUACGUGUCAGGGGAAACAUCAGAUGCUGAUAGGAAAAAACUCAUUCUGUUCUUGGUUGUGAUCACACUGUCCUCAAUUGGAUCAGGUGUUUGUUGGGCAAUCAGCGAAAAUGCUUGGCUCGGGUGCAUAAUUACUGUUGGAGUUUGGUUUUUCGCCACUUUGGGGCUAAAUUUAAUGCUAAAGGCGCGAAAGCCUAAGGUAUGGGGAUUACCAUUGAUGCCAUGGAUUCCAUCUGCUAGUGUAGCUAUUAAUGUGUUCAUCAUGAGCUCCAUUGAUGGUGCAUCAUUUGUGAGAUUUUCAGUUUGGACCGCUAUUUUGCUUGUUUACUACUUGCUUGUAGGAUUGCAUGCUACCUAUGAUGCAGCCAAGGAGAUUGGUAGUAAUGCUUCUCAUAUAACUGAUGUUGAAGCCAAUGCAGCAAGGACCAGUGAAACUGGAGUAGCUAAUAACUAGGCAUUUAAAUGAGAUUCAAUGGUUUAUAUCUAGACAUACACUUUGGAUAUAAUAGUGU